AUGGGUCAGGACGACCACACAUGCUUUGCGACGAUUUUCGACACCGACGUGGCGGUUAUCCCACUGAUAUCGAGGACCUCGAUCCGGCACGCCGACCCGCAGACAGUGAAGGAGUGGCACCGCGACGAGGCGAUCCGCGUGCUGAAGUUUUUCCGGACCGCUGUUCUGGCCGAGCUGCGGCGCGAGGGUAGGAAAUGGGAGUGGGCGAAGCCGUCCGAAGACGAGGUGCAGGAGAGGCUCGCCGACUGCGACGAACCCCUUCGAGAUAAAAUUCCCGAUACCGUCCGGGACUCGGACGCGGGCUCCGGCCUGCUAGCAAUGAGCGCGUUGAUCUGGGUUGUGAGGCGGUUCCAGCGCCUGACCGGCGACCUCCGUCGCAUUGCCACCAGCAUGGACAAGCCCACCGUCUCGGGGUUGAAGGCGCUGCGGAACGAGAUGGUAGCCCUCAUCAAGAAGCAAGUCCCGCUCAUACGGUCGGGGAAAACCGUUGUUGCUGCCGACGCCUGUGACGACGACGGCGAGGAAGUCCAUUCUGCAUCCGUACCAGUAGGGGUCGCCCCGAACGUCGCUGAUGCGCGUGGCAAGUCGGGAGUCGGCGUCGACGAGGCCGAUGCGGCCGCAGGAAAGGGGGUGACCGGGACUGAGGUUGUUCACGGGGAUGAUGAUGGGGUCCAGGAUCGCGAGGAGGAACGUGAGGGUGAGGGGGGCUCGGAGGAGUCGUCGGGGUCGAGGUCGGGGUCGGGAUCGGGCUCGGAGUCGGAGUCGGAGUCGGAGGAGGAGCAGGAGCAGGAGACGCAGGAGUACGAGAGGCAGCACCAGGAGGAGCAGUUGGUAGAGGUGGAGGACGUGGAAAUAGCGGAGGGGUACGUUGUCGGAGGAGCGGAGGGGUACGUUGUCGGAGGAGCGGAGGAAACGGGUGGGAGAUCGGCGGAUGUCGAGAACGACGAAGGGGAGGGGAAGGGCGCGACAGCGAAUAUCGGCGAUGUCGGCGUGGAGGCGGCUCACGGAGGUGGUGGCAUGGUCGAGGUCGGUGAAGGGGAUAACGCCGCGGUCCCGGAGCAGAGGGGCGUGGAUGUGCAUACCGAUGCCACCGCGGAGAAGGCCGGCGGGGAGCGGUCUAGGAGGAAGAAGGCGGCGAGCGGUCAUCCCGGUUCCACCGCGGCAAGGCGGCAGGCGCGGCUGGACGUCGUCGAUCAGCUGAGGGCGGAGAACAGGCGAUUGCGUGCAGACAAUGCACUCCUUGAACGGCGGCUCGGUGAGCAGACGGGGCGGGUCGACAGCUUGGCGGCGGCAUUAGCUGGGCUCCUCGAGAAGGUGAAGGGUUUGACCGCCCAGGUCGCCGACAGCGACCGGAAAUCGGAGGAGCGCCUCAAAGAGGCCACUUCGAUCAUGGCGACCACAAUCACCGAGGGCCUCACCGACAACAUGGACAGCGCCAUUCAAUCGGCCAAGUCCUUCGCCGAGCUAGCGAGGCAGACGCUGCUGGAUCUUGACGACCCCAAGGGACGAGCGGCGGUCGCACGCGCGACCGCGGUGAAGACAGUGACCGAGCACGUGACGGCGGAGGUGGGCGAGGCGAGGAAGGGGUUGGAGGAGUCGUUCAUCAAAUACAUCGGCGCCGCGCAGACCAACAUUGCCGCCGCCGUCGCGCCCCGCCUAGUCCAGCAGCCGCCGCCUACCGGCCCAGCGCAGGCCUUGCCGGAAGACUUCCUGAAGUCUUUCAAGGAGGACGUGCUGAAGGCGGUGACGGAGACCACGCAGCAGUCCUUCCUCGCCUCCGGACUGAAGAUCAUGACCGAGGUCGUCGGCGGGGAGGCGGCGGGGGGGGCGACGGGGACAUUUCGGCGAACACGAAGCGGAGCAAGGGAGGCGGGGGGUCUGGCGGCGGGGGGGGGGGACGGAGACGAUUCGGCGGGCGCGAGGCGGACCAAGGGAGCGGCUGGGUCUCGCGUCGCCGGCGAUGGGAGCAUGGGAGCCGGCGACGGCAGUUCGUUGAAGCAGUCGGGGAAGAGCGUUGUCGACAUCCUCAGGAAGCACUGGGCUCAGGUUGGAGCGGCCAGCACAGGCCAUGGUGGUGGGGGUCCCGCCGACGAGCAUGCCACUGAUGACGCACUGCCAAUGGCUCCGCCUUCGGUCGGCGUUAAGGAGAAGGAGAAGGCCGCCGCCAAAACGGCCCCUGGCGGGUCCGCGAAAGCUGGCCAGGGCCCGAAGACAGGGGUUGCGGAGGCGUCAGCGGUUCCUCACCAGUCUCCCGCGGGUGCACGCCAUCCGACCGGACCGUCUGCCGGGCGACCUACCGACGUCCCGCGCCAUGCCGACGUACCGUCUGCCGUCAAGGUUGGCCGCGCGGGAAAAGGGGCGGCAGUUGCGGACGCGCUCAAGGAGCAGCUCAGGCUCCUAGCCGGCCACAGGGCUGUUCAACAGGCCCCCCCUGCUGUCGACGUCCCAUCGGCCAGUGGGCCACGUUUAGUGCCGGUCGUCGCCGCCCGUACUCCUGCAGACCCAAAGUCCGCGUCCGCGUUGUUGCGCGCCCAGCUGGGCGCACUAGCGUCGACUGAGAGGACUCAGCAGGCUUCUGGCUCUGGCUCUAAGCCGUCGUCGGCGAAUGUCACACCACCCACCCAUGUGGCAGCUGAUGUGGAGAAGACGGCGGAGAAGGGCGUUCGUGCCGCGCUUGCCACCGGCGGCGGCGCCGUUGAGGAGGUCCCCGCAGACGCUGAUAUCGCUGCCAUACAGGCCCAUCUGGAUGCAGCCAAUCCCCGAACCCUGGCCAUCUCCGACACGGAACAUGUGGAGCCUUCGGCGGGACUCGUCGGCAUCGCGGCAGAGCCUAGUGCGACCGGUGAUGCGGUCGGUGAGGGAAAGUCGAAACGGAAGGGGAAGGCGGGCUCACAGAGGAAGACGCGGGAGAAGUCGGAGGUGAAGGCGGCGGAUAAACAGAAGGGGAUGGCGGCGGAGACGGCGGCGGACAAAGAUGGAGGCGGCAUUGGGGAGGUUGAAGGGAAAGGGGAGAAUCAGAAGUCGCCCGGCGAGGGUACGUCGACGGGGAGGAAGGGGAAGGACAAGUCGGUCGGAGAAGGUGCGUCGACCGGGAGAAAGGGGAAGGAGAAGGCGGUCGGCGAGGGUUCCUCGAAGGGGAGAAAGGGAAAGAGGAAGGCGGAGGAGGAGGAUGAGGACGUCGAGGAGGUGGAGGAGGUCGAGCAGGAGGAAGAGGAGGAGGAGGAGGAGGAGGAGGAGGGGAAGGGCAAGGAGAGGAGGGGUCAUGGCAUCCGACACGAUACCUCGGGCGACAAGCAAGGGUGGGUCGGCGAGAUUAAGGUGCACGGCAUCAAUCGAUACAUCGGCAAGUCGCGGGACAAGAUGGAGCUCGCGUACGUUCACUCCAUCGCGUACGUCGUCUACGACGGUUUCGUGAGCAAGGUGCUCAUGACCGAGCUCACCGGCUUGGACAGCGCCGAAUUGGAGAGGUGGAAGGAGGUGUGGGAGGAGGUCAGGAUCUUGCCGACAGGGAUGUGGACGGUGAUGUGGGCCCGGGGUACGCUCCUUCCAAAGACACGGCUGACAGAGAUCCUCGACGCGUAUCGCCAUUACAAGUCCACAGGCGAUUGUCUCCACGCCGCGCUCCUGCCAGCGAUAUGGUACCCAGUCGAUGUUAGCACCGAGGAAGGCCGGGCGAAGUCGGCGUCCAUGAUGUCGGCGAUGAUAGGCCGCGUGUCAAUGUGCACUGCAUAUGGGAAGACCGCUGCGGCAGCGGCGAAGAAGGAGGGAGACAAGGAGGAGAAGACGGAUAUGGCGGCAUGGGCGUUAGCAGCAUCCGCAUGCGCUGUGUGGUGCUUCGUCGAGAACGGCGAUGCCCAGCUGGCGGAUGCUGUGGAAGAAGGGAAGUCGGCGGCGAUCAUCGGCGGAGCGAGCCAGGCGACCGCCGAUGUAUUCGGAAAAGUCAUGGAGGCGGUGCUGAAAGCCGAGAUGAACAGGGACCGCCCCCUGGGAGAGGUUGCCUACAACGUCGCGCCAGCACUCCAGAGGACCGCCCUUGAUAGGGUCUAUCCGGGGGGGAAUGCUGGAGAAGAUGCCGACGUUAUCGCUAGAGCGACGGUUGAGACGAUGGCGUUUUGGGGAAUGUGCCCCGUCGCCGGACCGAAACUAAGAGCGAGGGACAUCGCGGUGCCGAUUGACGCGCAGAUGAAGGCCGAUCUUGACAACAGCGGGAGGAAGGGUCUGAGGGGCAAGAAGGGGACGAAGACCAGGGGCGGCACGGAGAAGGGCAAGAUGUCGAAGAAGGACAGCACGACGGCCUAG